AAUGUGGCUGCCUGGUCCGCAAUGGUCUGGCAGCUUUGCUCAGAUGUUUGUAUGGAGAUGGAGAGUGGCAGCUGCCUUUGACAGAUGUGUGUUUCAGUUGGGAGAGGCAGACAGCGGCUAUGUACACCAAAGGGAAACGAUGCACCAUCCCCUCGGACGCUCAGGCGUGGGAAAAGCUAGCGCUCUAUGUGCACGAAUACCUGCUGCAUGUGGGAGCUCAGAAAUCCGCACAGACAUUUUUAUCCGAGAUUCGUUGGGAAAAGAACAUCACUUUGGGAGAACCGCCCGGCUUCCUGCACGCGUGGUGGUGUGUAUUUUGGGAUCUCUACUGUGCAGCUCCUGACAGAAGGGAAACCUGUGAGCCCUCGAGUGAAGCCAAGGCCUUUCAUGAUUAUAGAGCAGCAACAGGGAGUCCUGUCUUGACCAGCCUGCCUCCUGGUGAAGGCUCUGCGGGGGUCCCACUGGCCCCAGGCUUAUUCUUGCAGGGCCCCCCUGGGUCACAGCCACCUGCCCACACGCAGACCCUUCCGCACAACCCCAUCCUGGGCCCCCACACUCAGCCAUUCAUGUCUCCUCGACACCCUGGCAACGCUCAGUCCUCCCUCCGAAUGUCAGCACAGCCAGCUGCUGGAAUGCCAGGCUCCCAGCCCCUGUUGCUGAACACCCUGGAGCCCACCAGGCAGGAAGGGCCCCUGGGUGUGGCUGGUCCGAUACAGAGGACGAGUGUCCCCCGUGGUCUCACUAGCCUGGGACCACAGAGUUAUGGAGGACCGAUGUUGCCCCCAUCAAACUCUCUGGGAUGCCACGGAAUGCUGGCAAUGAAUCUGGCUCCAGGAGGAGGAGCGGGCCGCUCCCGGCCGAACCCAGUGAACACAAGCACUGGAGCCCCAGGCAGUGGCCCUCCAGGAACAUCAAUCAUUCCCAGCCCAGCAGCUUCUGCCGUUUUCUUGGUAGACUCCACAAACUCCAGCGAGAACAUGUACCCGAGGAUUGCGCCCCUGGGAGCAGCAAGCAGCCGUUCCAGUUUCCAGAUGGGUCCAGGAGCUGAGGGUUCAUUGGCUGGAAUGGCAGUCAUGGAAUCUCAUCAUAUAAAUGGUGCACUAGGUACUGCUGAUAUGGAUGGGUUGUCAAAGAAUUCACCAAACAAUAUGACUGGGGUGAGCAAUCCCCUGGGAACACCUCGUGAUGAUGGCGAGCUGGCAGGAAACUUUUUAAAUCCAUUUCAAAAUGAAAGUUACUCUCCCAGGAUGACAAUGAGCGUGUGACUGAAUCCUCAAAACCCCCUCACCAGUCCUUACACAACCAAGCCAGAAAUGAAAAGAUCAUAUUCACAUGGGAGGCCAGUCCCGUUCAAAAUAAAUCAUAUUUAAUGGACAAAGACCAGACUCCAAGGUGGUGGUGAAUCCUCAGGAAUUACAUUGGGACAAGCUGCUUAUGGAGCCCUGAGCUUUCCUGGAGGAGCUGAAGAGGUCACCUUACCCACCAGGGGAUGGAUGGGGGUAAGGACCAAAGGAGGAGGGUGACAGAGUGAAAGAACAGUGCAGCGUAAUCAAAGACAUUUUGUUGUCUUAAGAUGUUUUUUUGUAUCAGAGGUAUGUCCAUUCAGCCAACAAAGAAACAAGAUUGAGCAACCUUGAGCAGGGACACUGUGAAUAUUUCAGCUGCUAAGCGAUGUUUGAUCAAACUACAGCAUCCUUUCUGAUACCAAAGUGGCGACCUUUUAAAGAAGGUGGAUUGGUGAGGUUGGUGGAGGGCCAUUGUACUGACAGCUAAUGAGCUGAUUAUUUUUCCCUCUAGGUCAAUGAUGCCUAUGGGUGGGGCCUGUAUUUGCUCAGCUCACUGACACCGACUGGGCCCAACUAUUAAAUCGCAAAGUGCAUUCAUACUGUUUACCUGUGUGUAACAGGCUCUUGCAGGGCAAGGGGAUAACAAGUAGUGUAGUGAGCUGAAUUGAUGGUGUUGGACAGGGCACUGAGAGAACAACCUUCUCUUGUGCUGAGUCCUUGGGAUCUUUAAAAUCUAUCAAAGACGCAGCACUGUGCGAUACAGAGCAGCCUCACAUCGUAGCCAAUGACUUUGAUUAAUAACACAAGUUCAUUGCAAGGGGAAAACCUAACAUUUUGACCUUGGAAGGAGGUUAUUGCAGGCCUUCAUUGACUUGACAGGAUUGUGAGUAAAGUGUUAAUUCAGGGAUUCUUCCACUAAAAGGUCACAUGGUCGAACGAGGAAAAGGACAAUUAAUUUGAAAUCAUGCAGAGUUAAAGAAAAAUCUUUGGGAUAUUUUAAGGAAGAGUUGGAUGAAGUGAUGAGAGUUUGUGCAUUACUAGGUAUUUCUACUUGUAUGAACCAUGUUUCUCCUAUGUCUGGUUUCCCAAAACUGACCAUUUUCCCAGAGAAGACAACAGUUUCCUCAGAUUAUUCCAGAUAACAGAUACUUGCCAAUGAAUUGAUAUUACAUCUGAUGGAAGUUAAUUCUCCCUCGAAUCCCCUCAUGUGACGGUUACUUCUAAUCCAAUUCUUGUGAAUGAAGCUGAUCACACUUCUGAAUUAUUUUUCAGACUUUUCACUAUUUAAUGCAGCAUUGAGCCAAAGGGAUCUGAUCAACUACUGAUCAUCAGCUCCUUGGUCUGCACUCAGGGCUGUCAUACAGUCUUGGAAAUUAUUGUUCUCGCUCACUCUUUCUCCACCUGGCUCCCCAACUUGUGUGCCACAUUUUCACACUUGAAACAAUUAAGUUCUCACAUUUCUGCUCAAGCAUUUGCAGUCCCUCUUGCACAUCACGUGUCUUUCUCCUCUGAAAGCUGGGAAAACACUGUCCAAUCUGUGCUGAAAUUCAAGACCUACGUUCAAGCUCGCCUAAAUGCAAUUGGUUGCUGCUUUCACAUUUGAUUGACCAGUUCUCAGGCUCUGAUAGUGAAGUUGUUGGAAUUUCAGUCCUGGAAAGGUCUGCCUCAUGCUCUCCCACACCCAGAGUGGUCGCAAUGGGAAUAAUGUUGUCUGUCUACCUGGCCAAGUGAGGUUACUAAGAGGUGAUGGGAGUGUUGCAUGUCAAUAACACAUUAACAAGCAAUGGCGCUGAGUGAAUAUUGCACUGAGAAACCAUCCCUCAUAUCUUGAAUGAGGGGGCUCCAGCGUGAACACACUCCCAAGGUGUUACUAAGACAAAGGCCCAGAGUGUAACUCGCAUAGAGGGAUCAUAGAGCUGUAAUUGCUGGAUACAUUGGACUGCUUCAGCUUGCUUCAACACAAAGGUCAAGGGAGAAGGGGAUGCUUUAAAUCAGCCAGGGAUUUCCAACAGACCCCCAAACCUCUGCCCCCUUGAUCACUAUACGGUGGUUGUGGGAGUCUUAAGGUGGAGACAGAAAUCAAGCUGCAGGACAUACAUGAUUACAAAUGAUAUCACGGUAAAUUUCUAAUCCUCCUUUCUAGAUUUAAUGUGAAAUAUGUGGCAAUUUACUGCUGGAGGCCCAAUACCCAUGUACCCCAAACUGACAAGUGUUAGGGGAAUAUUUAGGGUGCUCCUCAGACAAGAUCACUCAAACUAUGGAAGAUACAAAGUCUGCCGCUUGACACAAAAGACCUCAGUCACAUUCUGAUGUUUUAUUUGAUAUAUCUGUUUUAAAUGUUAUAACACUGUACGGCCCCAAAUUUCUGCUGUCUACCAACUGAUGUAUAACUAAAUUAAACUAUUUGUUAUGUCCUGAUAGUAUCAAACACAAAGAAGUGCACAAGACAGCUUGUUGAUCCCAAUCCCAUGGACCAUGGUUUGCCAGUCAAUCUGUAUAGUAUACAGUCACCUGUGUUCUCUAUAUAUUGUAAAGAUUCUUUGAAUAAUCAGUUGCAUACUAAACUGCAUCAAUAAAUAUCAUAGACUCAUUUCUUAUUCAAAA